AUGGACAAGGAACAACUAAUUUUGGUAAUUCAAACGGAAUUUCAUCAAAAAAGAGAUUUAGUGGAUAUAAAUAUCUCGUGGGAAACGUUUAAAAAUGUAAAAUUUGAAGAAAAUAAUUUUUAUUCGACGUCUUGUCCUCAUUGUGAUGAAACUUUUGGGCUGAAUAUCCUUGUGAAGUUGAAAAAUGACGAGAUGAAAGACACUUUAGAGCAGUUAGAAACGGAAUUUCUGAAUGAAGAAACGUUGGAAGAGGAAGAAUUUCAAGCUUUAGAGCCUUCAAUGACGUUCAAUGAGUCAAAUGAUGAAAUAUUUGAAGAGGAAAUACCUGAAAAAGAGACUGUAGAGUCCAAUUCAGAAGGAAUUUUCGAGUGUAAAAUCUGUAAAACGAAAUUAAAUUCUUCAUAUAUGUUUCGGAUGCAUAAAAAUAUCCACACAGACAAAUUUAAAUGUGAUAUCUGUGAUAUGAGAUUUAUCAAAAGAGAGGUUCUGAAGAGACAUUUGAAGAUGAAACACUCAAUGAACGACUCAAAAGUGCUUGAAAAUAAAAAAAUUGAAGAAAAAUUAAUUUCAGAAUUAGAAUCGGAAAUCGUUACAGAAGAAAAUGAAGAGAAAAAAAUGAUGGAAAAAGUGAUUGAGGAGCCAAAUCGAGUAGAAUUAGUUGAAAAAGUUACAGAAAUUUCAAUUUUAAAAAAUUUUAGUGAAGAGUUCGAGCCAAAAAUAUCUCACACUGUUCAUUAUGAUGCCAAAGAUUUUCCGUUUCAAUGCGAAAUUUGCUUUGAGAGAUUCAAUUCUUACUUCACAUUUCGCAUUCACAAGAACAUCCAUACCGAUAAAUUCAAAUGUCUCGUCUGUGAUACUCGUUUCAUCAAAGGAGAACGUCUCCGAAAGCAUUUGUUAAUGAAACAUACCAAAGAAGAAAUCGCCUUAGCUCAAGAAAAAUCAAAAACUGACCCAAAAACUCCUUCAGAAAUCGAAAAAGUCCUUCCCGAACAUGGAACUUUGUGCGCUACGUGCGGCAAAAAUUUCCCAACUACAACUGCGUACUUCGCUCACACUCAAAUCGCCCACAAAAGUCUCUCCUUCGAGUGUUACUACUGCAACCGAAUCCUCCAUUCCCGCAAAACCUUGAAACAUCACAUGAUCCGAACACACAGUGAUAAAUCUGACGCUUCACUUUUGCAUCGCUGCGACUACUGCUCCGCUUCUUAUCCGUUAAAACGCGAUUUGGUCAUUCAUUUGAGGGCAAAACACGUUCCGACAGAGAAGAAAUUCACGUGUGAAAUUUGUCAAGAAGCGUUUAUCUUCAAAAAAGAGCUGCUGGAUCAUCAAAAGUCGCAUGAAAAUGAAUGUCGCGGAAGACACAAGUGCGAAAUUUGCGAAAAAACGUUCAAUCGGUUGUCAGCAAAAAAGGAACAUGCGGCAAUUCACAGCGAAGCGAGGAACUUUUUGUGCACAAUUUGCGGGCAAAAGUACAAAAGAAAGUCUUAUUUGGUGAUUCACAAGAGAAUUCACACGGGAUAUCGACCGUAUUGUUGCAAAAAGGACAAAUGUACAGCGAAAUUUUAUGACAGCGGAUCCUUUCGACAACAUAAAUUGAUGCAUGAGAGAAAAGAAAAAGCGGAAAAACUGAGAAAAAAUGUUAAUGAAUAA